CCCGCAGCAGACAGGCCAGUCUCGGCUCCUCUCUUUUGGCUCCAAUGUCGGAGGUGUUUGUGCCUGGAAGAAAUGGACUUUGGCAAUGCAAGAAUUUGAUCAUUCAGAGAUCAGAUCAGUUGAGUCUGUGAAUGGCGCCAAAACAGGACCCUAAACCUAAAUUUCAAGAAGGUGAAAGAGUCCUGUGCUUUCAUGGGCCACUGCUCUAUGAGGCAAAGUGUGUAAAGAUCAACAUAAAGGAUAAGCAGAUUAAAUACUUCAUUCAUUACAGCGGAUGGAACAAAAACUGGGAUGAAUGGGUUCCUGAAAGCAGAGUUCUCAAAUAUGUGGACAGCAACCUUGCGAAACAAAAAGAGCUUCAAAAGGCCAAUCAGGAUCAUUAUGUUGAGGGAAAGAUGAGGGGUUUAGCACCAAGCAAGAAGAUUGCUGCUGUGCAGCAGAAAAAUGUUGAUCUGAAAGUGAAAAAGGCAAAACAGAAGAACCAAGGUCCGGGCGAAGGUACUAGCAGUGGAGAAACGCCCCAGGGACCACGGAAGAAGAGGGCGCGAGUUGAUCCCACUGUGGAGAGUGAGGAGAUGUUCGCCAACCGUGUGGAGGUAAAAGUAAAAAUCCCUGAAGAGCUGAAACCCUGGCUGGUGGAUGACUGGGACCUUAUCACCCGACAGAAACAGUUAUUUCAUCUGCCUGCUAAGAAGAAUGUAGAGACCGUGUUGGAGGACUAUGCAAACUAUAAGAAAUCAAAAGGAAACUCGGACAAUAAGGAAUAUGCAGUAAACGAAGUGGUGGCGGGGAUUCGGGAAUACUUCAACGUCAUGCUGGGUACUCAGCUGCUUUACAAGUUUGAGAGGCCGCAGUAUGCUGAGAUCUUAGCUGAACACCAAGACAUGCCGAUGUCCCAGGUGUAUGGAGCACCGCACUUGCUACGACUAUUUGUUCGUAUUGGAGCCAUGCUGGCCUACACUCCACUGGAUGAGAAGAGUCUGGCUUUGCUGCUCACUUACCUCCAAGAUUUUCUCAAGUACCUGGUAAAGAAUUCAUCCACCCUUUUCAGUGCCACUGACUACGAGGUUGCCCCUCCGGAGUACCACCGCAAGGCUGUAUGAGAGCUCUCAGCACACAGCGCUCCUAUUGAGGCACGGCCCCUCCCUCUCCCAGACCACCUGUAAAAUAAUCAUUACCACCCUUCUGAGAGCAGACAUGGACGGGAUUUUUCACUUGAAUUGAUAUGCUUCCUUUACAAAGGUCUCAGGAGCUUGUCGCAGCUAAGAAAUAAAAAAAAAACCCAUGAUAACCUUUUUUUUAUUUUUUUUUUUAGAUAAAUCUCUCUCUCCUUCUUUCUCCCCCUUUUUCCUUUUUCUCUCACUCCUCUGAAAAGACACAAGAAAACUGUGUUUCUGUUACCACAAGCAGCCCUUUUGGUGUUUUAUGUGCAUUCCAUCUAAUAGAUAUUUGUUACUGUUGCAUGUUUGUAUUCAUUCGUGUUUCUUCUGCCACAUGAGGUGCAAUUUAAUGCUGAAAAACACAUGGUGAGCACU